GUGACGUGAAAUCUUGUCGACGGUUCUUCAUAAACAGCUCGUCAACCACCUCGGUAGCUUGAUAGCCAACAUAGCCGAAAGAUUCAAGCUGUUUAGACGCUUUCUGUGUAUAUUAGCUACUGUGUUUUAGACACACUUCUGUCGUAUCUAUUUGUUAACCUAUUUCAUAUAAUAUUACGGUAUUUUGUAUUAGUCAGCUAUAGUAGCUGGCUGGUUAAAUUAGCACUAGCCUAGUCGCUAAUGAUAGCUAGCUAGCUAACAUCCCCGACCAUGAGCUCCCUAAACUUCUCCCCUCCUGUUAAAGAAGAGGAGGUCUGCUGGACGGAGAAAGAAGCUCUGGGGCUGAACAUUGUCGUGAAAGAGGAGAAGGAAGAAGAGGAUGUCACCGUAAAAAAAGAAGUGGUGGGUGAGGCUGUUACUGUGAAUAAAAAAGAGAUCGACGUUACAGUGAAAGAAGAGGAAGACGCGUUCAGAGUGAAAGAGGAGGAAGAUGUUACUGUGAAGGAAGAGGAUGCUGUUUUUGGAGUGAAAGAGGAAGGAGAGAUUACUGUCACAUUGAAAGAUGAAGAUGAAGAGGAGGAGAUAGAUCUGAUUAAAACCAGAGAGAGAUGGGACUACCAUGGGCCCUCUGGGGAGCCUCAACAACCUCAUGAUGCUGACAAGGCAGAGAAGAGUCUCUCCACAUUAGAACACCUCAAGAAACACCUGGAGAGAUCCACAGAGAAGAGAUCUCACCGCUGCUUUGACUGUGGGAAGAGUUACUCAAGAUCAAGUUCACUAAAGGUACACCAGAGAAUUCACACAAGUGAUAAAUCUCACUGCUGCUCUCACUGUGGGAAGAGUUUUACUCGGUCAUCCAGCCUGAUAUCACACCAGAGAACACACACAGGAGAGAAACCUUAUAGCUGUGCUCAAUGUUUGAAGAGUUUUGUUUCAUCUGGUGGCCUGACAGCACACCAGAGAACACACACAGGAGAGAGACCUUUUAGCUGUAAUCAAUGUGAGAAGAGUUUUACUCAGCUAAGCAGCCUGAUAUACCACCAGAGAACACACACAGGAGAGAAACCUUAUAGCUGUGCUCAAUGUGGGAAGAGUUUUACUACCUCUAGCAAGCGGACAAGACACCAGAGAACACACACAGGUGAGAAACCUUAUAGCUGUAACCAAUGUGGGAAGAGUUUUGUUUCAUCUAGAGUUCUGACUGUACACCAGAGAACACACACAGGAGAUACAUAUUUUAGCUGUAAUCAAUGUGGGAAGAGUUUUGUUUCAUCUGGCGGCCUGACAGCACACCAGAGAACACACACAGGAGAGAAACCUUAUAGCUGUGCUCAAUGUGGGAAGAGUUUUACUAAGUCUAGCAAUCUGACACGACACCAGAGAACACACACAGGAGAGAAACCUUGUAGCUGUAAUCAAUGUGGGAAGAGAUACUCUGAUAAAAGAUAUCUGAUUAAUCAUCAGAAAAUGCAUGAAGGAGUUGUUUCAUGAUAUCAAUUAAUUAAUGUCACAAUGUAGAAUGUUUUAACAUUGUAGUAGGAUUAUUUUAAUAAUGUCACAAUGUUGAAGCCUUAACGUUUGCCCCCUGUUCAAUUGAUUUCAGCAUGCUAUGGAUAUUAGCCUUUUAACAAAGAGUCGUUAUGCUGUUUACUAUGUUGGUGUCCAACUUGAAUCAAAAUGCAACACUAUAAAAUCUAGCAAUCUGUUUUCUACAAAUUGUCUUCUAACCAGGGAUGUACACAUUAUUCCCAGAUUCCGUGUGGUUUUUGAGCUGUUAGUU